CACCAAUCCCUGAGACACGCACAUCCGCAUACGCUCCAUACAGGCGUGUGCGCGUGUUCGAUUCUCUACCUGUUGACCGACGCCCCCUCCUCGGCAGCUCACCGACCCCUCGACAGACGCGGCCUGACAGGAAAAUGGCAGUUUUCCAUGUGGUUUGCGGCUGGACGGCUCACGCGCUGCUCCUUCUCUCCUGCCUGACCGCCGUCGCGUUUCUCGCCUUGUGCGUGUACAUCAAAUACACGCACAUGAAAUACGACCACAUACCGGGACCGCCGAGAGACAAUUUCUUCCUGGGACAUUCGCCGACCCUCUUGGGGAUCAUGAAAAACGACGGCAUCGUACACGACAAGUUCCUGGAGUGGGCCGAGAGGUACGGGCCCGUUUACAGGAUAAACAUUCUUCAUUACGUCACCCUCAGCGUCUCCUGCCCGGAGGCGACCAAGGAAAUCCUGAUGUCCCCAAAGUACCCCAAAGACAAAUUUGUGUACAAGAAACUCUUCAACUUGUUUGGUCAGAGGUUCUUCGGCAACGGCCUGUUGACGGCGCGGGACCAUGGGCUGUGGUACAAACAGCGCCGCAUCAUGGACCCUGCGUUCAGCAGCCUGUAUUUGAGAGGUCUGAUGGGAACCUUCAACGAGAGGGCAGAGAUACUGAUGAAAAAGCUCACGGAUGCCGCCGAUGGCAACACAGAGGCCAACAUGCUUGGCCUAUUCAACUGUGUAACCCUCGAUGUAAUUGCCAAGGUUGCUUUUGGUGUGGAUUUAGACCUGCUGAAGAAUAGCUCACCUUUCCCCAAAGCCAUCGAGACAUGUCUCAAAGGGAUGGUGCACUACCUCCGAGACGUCUUGUUUGUGUACAAGCCGAAGAACCGGCCGUUCAUCAACGAGGUGAAGGAAGCGUGCCGCCUCCUGCGCACCACUGGUGCUCAGUGGAUCCAUGAGAGGAAGACUGCCAUGGAAAACGGCGACGACGUCCCCAAGGACAUCCUCACGCAAAUCAUCAAAGCUGCUGGCAAAGAGGACAGCAUGACAAAAGACGAUGAGGAGUUAAUGUUGGACAAUUUUGUGACGUUCUUCAUUGCGGGCCAAGAAACGACAGCUAAUCAACUUGCUUUUUGCGUCAUGGAACUGGCAAGACACCCUGAUAUACUGGAGAAAGUUAGGCAAGAGGUGGAUGAUGUCAUUGGAAUGAAACAGGAUAUCAGCUAUGACAACCUGGGCAACCUGACCUACCUCUCGCAGGUGCUGAAAGAGACCCUGAGGGUCUAUCCCACCGCUCCGGGCACAUCUCGUGAUGUACCUGAAGAUAUGGUCAUUGAUGGUAUCCACAUACCUGGAGGAGUCACCUGUAUGUUCAGUACCUAUGUGUGUGGGAGAAUGGACAAAUUCUUCACGGACCCACUGACAUUUGAUCCUGACCGAUUUCACCCCGAUGCUACGAAGCCCUAUUACUGCUACUACCCCUUUGCCCUCGGUCCACGCUCAUGCCUCGGCCAGAACUUUGCUCAGAUGGAGGCUAAAGUGGUUAUGGCCAAGCUGCUCCAGAGGUUCGAUUUCACCCUCGUCCCUGGACAGACCUUUGACAUGGUGGACACUGGCACACUCAGGCCGAAGAGUGGAGUGGUGUGCUCCAUCGGCCACAGGAAGCUCAAGAAAUAAGAUGCCACUCCGUAUUGCAGCACGAGAAGAAACCAUAGUAGUCCGUGUGCAGAGAUUGGGUUGCUCAAACUAGUUGUCUAACUUUCAGCCAUAUAUACCUGCCUCAUUACUCAUUACUCAUUAUUUUUUUCAUCUUUUGUAUAGGCCAUAUUAUCAUUUUUAAUGAAAUUUAAAUCUUAUCCAUAUGAAAUGGUUGUAUUGAUCACGAUUUAUGUUAUUUCCAAACAGUGAUGGGGAUGUGGGAAAACAAAUAAGUCACUUUUA